CCCAGGCGGGCUCGCGCGGACACACGCGCACAACUUCACCGUAUACGCACACAUUCACACAGGAACACCGAACCUCAGUCAGGACGAUUCGCCCAGUCAACUUUCCAGGCAUCACGCAUUACUACACACAGCUGCUGCAGAGGUGGAUAUCAGACACACAGAGUAUCUUCGCUGGCUGCUGAUUUCACGGGGGGAGAGCGGAGCGUGCUGUUUUUUUUUCUUCAAUCGGAAUAUGAGUGCAUGAAACUUUUAAGGAACUUUUCCACGCAGUAAGACCGUGCCAACGUAACACCAAAAGAUGCCGGAGAGAAUAAGCAUUUCGGAUUUCGUCCAUCUGACAAAUGAGGAUUUGGCGUCGCCGGGGACAUCCACGUUUCAGUCCAAAAUGAGCGACUGUCGGAACACAGUUUCGGCUGUAGAGGAGUGCCUGGAGCUGGACCAGACAACUCUGCAGAGGAUGAAGAAGAUAAUCAAGGCUAUACACAGCUCUGGACUUGCCCACGUUGACAACAAGGAGCAGUACACAGAGGUCCUGGAGAACCUGGGGAACAGCCACUUGAUCCAGGACAACAACGAGGUAUCCACGGGCUUCCUGAACCUGGCCGUGUUCACCAGGGAGGUGACGGCACUCUUCAAGAACCUGGUGCAGAACCUCAACAACAUCAUGGCCUUCCCUCUGGAGAACGUCCUGAAGACAGAGACUAGGGAGGGACGGCUGGAGCUGAAGAAACAGAUGGAGAAGAGUUGGAAGGAGUACGACACGAAGAUGGUGAAGCUGGAGAAGGAGAGGCGGGAGAAGGGAAGGCAGCCGGGGCUGAUCAGGACGGAGGGACCAGAAGGAGGAGAAGACAUGGAGAGGGAGAGGAGGGUCUUCCAGCUGCAGAUGUGUGAGUACCUUCUGAAGAUCCAAGAGCUGAAGGUCCGACAGGGCCCAGAUCUUCUCCAAAGCCUCAUAAAGUACUUCCAGGCUCAGCUCAGUUUCUUCCAGGAUGGGUUGAAAGCGGCAGAUAACCUCACUCCCUUCGUGGAGAAGCUGGCCACCUCGGUCCACGCGGUGCGUCUGGAGCAGGACGAGGAGGUGCGGCAGCUGUCCCAACUCAGGGACUCUCUCAGACUGCUGCUGCAGGUGGACGGCAAAGAGGAGUACAUGAACAGGAAGAACUCUGGGAACGGCUACAGCAUUCACCAACCGCAGGGCAACAAGAAGUACGGCACGGAGAAGUCUGGCUUCCUGCUGAAGAAGAGCGAUGGCAUCAGGAAGGUGUGGCAGAAGAGGAAGUGUGGGGUGAAAUACGGCUGCCUCACCAUCUCCCACAGCACGAUCAACCGCCCGCCCGCUAAGCUGAACCUGCUGACCUGCCAGGUGCGGGCCAACCCCGAGGAGAGGAGGACCUUUGACCUGGUCACCCGCAAUCGUACGUACCAUUUCCAGGCAGAUGACGAGGAGGAGUGUUUGAUCUGGGUGUCAGUGCUGCAGAACAGCAAGGAGGAGGCCCUGAACACGGCGCUGGGCGGAGACCAGCUCCACCUACAGGACAGCGGGCUCCAGGAGCUGUCCCGUGCCGUCAUCGCCGAGCUCCACCACCUGCCCGGCAACGACGUCUGCGCCGACUGCGGAGCCCCAGAGCCCACAUGGCUCUCCACCAACCUGGGCAUCCUGACGUGCAUCGAGUGCUCUGGGAUCCACCGGGAGCUGGGGGUCCACUACUCCAGGAUCCAGUCGCUCACGCUGGACGUGCUCAGCACCUCCGAGCUCCUGUUGGCCGUCAGUAUUGGCAACACACGUUUCAACGACAUCAUGGAGGCGGGACUCCCCAAUGACUCUGUUAAGCCCCUCCCACAAAGUGACAUGAACGCCAGGAAGGAGUACAUCGUGGCGAAGUACGUGGACCGGCGGUACGUCGUACGGCGGGAGGACGGCGGCGACCCCUGCCGGGCCUACGCCGCCGUCAGGGGUCGUGACAUCACUUCCCUUCUGCAGCUGUACGCCGAGGGGGAGGACCUGGCCAAGCCCCUCAGGCUACCCGACGGGCAUAAGGACACCAGAGAGACGGCUCUCCAUCAUGCCGUGCUCAUGGAGGAGAAGAGCUCGCUGGCACUGGUGGACUUCCUCAUUCAGAACAGCAACUGUCUGGAGAAGAGGACAGCAGAGGGCAACACGGCUCUGCACUACAGUGUCCUGCAUCACAAGCCCGAGUCUCUCAAACUGCUGCUGAAGGGGAAAGCGACCCUGCACACAGCAAACACAUCCGGAGAGACGGCCUUGGAUAUCGCACAGAGGCUGCAGCAGACGCAAUCCAUCGAGCUGUUGGAGUUAGCCAAAAGUGGGAAGUUUAACUCCCAGAUCCACGUGGAGUUCAUCUGGGAGAUCGAUUCGUCUCAGGACCUCUACGACAGCGAGGACGACCUGGAUGACAGGGCGAGCCCCAGGUUAUCCCGGAUCCACCGCUCCUCCGCUCCCACUGGUGGCGCCGCGCCGUCGACGCGCUGGAGCGGCGUGAACGGCGGCAGCAGGCCGUGUCAGACCUACGAGAACGUGGACUACCAGUACAAGACCUCCAGCCCGAGCAGCAGCGCGCUCUCAGAGGUGUCCAUGCCCCCGCCGCUGCCCGUCAAAUCCAUCCAGAGAGGUCGCUCCGACCCCCAGAUCUCCUUCGCCCCCCCGGAGACGAGCCCCGGCCACAGCCCCAGACACUCGGUCUACCAGAACUCCCCGGCCAGAGCCAGCCCCCCCUCACCCGGCCACGACACCCAGGGGGGCCGACCACCCAGGUCUCCCCAGGGUCAGAGUGCGGUGCUCCGGGGCCACAGGCAGACCAUGUCCUGGGAGGGCCAGUCGGUGUCUCAGAACCACAUCGGCCCCGUCAGCUCUGAGAAGACCACCUCGUACCGCCGGACCAGCAGCGGGUCGGGGGGACAGGGGAAGUGUGUCGCCACGCCGACCAGCGGCCCCACCGCCAGUGAGGAGCUGUACUGCAGCCUGCUGGGAAACGGCGCCCCCCCGGCCGCGCCCGCCCAGACGCCGAGCGCGGCCCCGCCCACCGCCCAGAACCCCCCCACGCUGGUCACCAUACCGCCGCCACGGCAACGCAGGAACGCUAUGGUGUCUGGCAGCCGACCCCGGCAGAAGCGCGUCAAAGCCCUGGUGGACUGCCGGGCGGUAGGCUCGGAGCAGCUGGCCUUCUUCAAGGACGAGGUGAUCGUGGUCACGGCCACCGAGGACCCCCACUGGUGGGUCGGCCACAUCGACGGAGACUCGUCGAGAAGCGGCACCUUCCCCGUCAACUACGUGCACAAACACGGAGACUGAGGGGACCCCCCCCCCGGGACCCCAGAUAUCUGCGCAUGAGCAAAUAGGAGAAGAACUGAAAGACCCCGGGAUGCUUCCUCAAAACGCUUGAAGCAGGAGAGUGUAUUUCCCCCCCCCCCCCCCCCCCCGAAAAAAUAGAACUCCAACACGUAUGCGACAGGAUGCUGGAGUUGGCUGAGGUGCCAAUGCUCUUUUUCCACGAGGAUGGAGAAACGAAGGCAACCCCAGAAACCGAGCUGGGCUUAGUGGACAAUGAUCUACAGUCUUCUGCUGGCGACCCAGAGUGGGUUUGACCCAGGCACCUCUCUACCUUAAGCCAUUUUCCUAACGUGUUUCCUGGGCUAACACAUUGUACCUUUGUUUUACAGUAGUAAAAAUACUAAUGGGCACCAGUGACGCGGUAUUUCCCCCCCCCCCCCCGUCACAUGGUAUUCAUCACAGAAAUAACAUGGGAUUUGGUAGAACGUCAUUUGAACCGAUGUUGACACAAGCGUGUUUGCGAGCGGUGGAGCAGAAACCAAAAAUCUACGACCUGCGCAUAAAAUAAACUGUAAACUCGGGGGGGGGGGGGGGGGGGGGGUGGGGGGGGUGAGAAGCCUUGGAGACGCCAACCUCAACGAGAGGCCUUCUGAAGGCCGCGCAGAGGGGCGAAGGCACACCCUUUGCUGGGAAGUGACAGAGCGGCUGUAUCACCAUGCCCAGCGGAAACCGGAGGACACAGCCAGAGCCAGACGACGCAGAGGAGGACUCGGGUUCAUUCCUCCCGUCUCCGCCCCACCACCCUGCCCAGUGCCCAGGGACUGAGGAUAAGUGGUGCCUACCAGUCUGCCUGCCGGCAGAACGGCAGACCUCCGGACGAGUCUCCAGGUGAAACCUUAGCCCCCCCCCCAGGAGUCUAGCUUGAGUCGGGGCACACUGCCAGUGCGCAGUGUGGCGCUGGUCUGAUUGGAGGAUUGUUCUGAAGGAUCUGGUUUCUCGAGGCCUCCUCCAGAGAGUAUCAGGAGAGAGUUGUGGAAGAAUCGACGGCGUCUCUCCACUCUGUAGCACUUACAAAAGGCCGGGCAGCCAUAGACCCAUGAUGCCACACACAUCAAUGUGUUCAGUAAACUCUGUUUAGGUGGUACACUCUACAGUAUGUUCAUAACUAAUGCAAUCACAUUAAUCAGACCCAUUGGCACAAUUAUUCUUUGCUCUUAAUAUACAUAUGGUACUUAUUUACCCUGUCCUUUGAUACAUUUAUUUUUAUAUAUAUGUAGAUAUAAAAAGUGUUACGGUUAACAACAGCAUGCCUUUUGUACAUAGCACUGUUGUAUUAUAUAUUCCCUGUCUCUUAAAACAUUUAUUGUAAACACAAUGUUUUCUAUGUUUGAGGGAUGCUGGAUACGUCAAAGUACAAUGAAUUUGAGCUCCUGAUGUUUGUGAUUUAAUUUACUGCUUAAAAUAUUUUUGCAGCAGGUCUUACCAUUUGUUGUUCAUGUUUCCAUAAUGUUUUUAUGUUUGUCAUGGUAUCGUUGUCCUUAAUGACAAUGACAAUGUUUCAGAUGUGCUCUUUGUUUGCCCAUGUUUAAGGAUAUUUAAAGACAUAGAAACAAUCAAAUUGAUAUUUGCAGGUCUUACUUGGGUGAACUUGAAGUGCUAUAAAAUCAAUGUUGCAUGAAUCCAUUAGUGUAUAAUGUACAGAGGAAAUUCCUAUUGCCCUGGCUGGUGCCCCAAUGUGUCGUCCAAUAGCUGCAGAGAGCUAAUGGUUAGCUAAUGCCCUUUAAGUUCAAUGUGGGCAGGAGAUGUCUAAAUAAUUAAUUUAAUUUGAGAUAAUGUCUUGUACUAAAGACUGCUAUACACACUCCAGUAGUAGACAGAAAACGUUCUACUUGCUUGUGGGAGUACUAGAGGCACCAUACAGUAAUUUCCUCUGAUCUGAUAUUCUGAUGUAAAGUGUAACAAUGCAUGUUCUGUGACAUUCAAACCAAGCUGCUGCCAUUUUUUUUGUGCUAAAGCUUGCAGCCAUGGUUACAACAGCACAGAAGGUUCAAGGUUUAAACGCAGAAAGUGAUAUCAGAUAGCUGGACGCCGUAUCAUGUAGGAAGUCUGUAGUCUGUACUCUCAUUGUCUCAGAUGUCACUUCUUCCUUCCUCAAUCCUCCUGUCCAGCUUCUCGGCCUGCCAGUCUCUGUCCCCUUAGCUCCUCAACCCCCGCCUCUAAAGCAUCUCUUUCCCUUUGUCCUUCCCCACUAGCCUCUGUCCCUCUCUGUGCCUUCUUCUCCCUGAUCCCAGCGUCCUGAAUCCAAGGUAACGUCAUUCCAGACGGUCACUUACGCAACAGACUGGAGGGCAAAUGGAUGGAGUGACUUUCUGGGCUCUCUGUAUAUUCAUUUGCAUCAAGACCAUUAUCCCCUCAUCCCUGCUUGUGGAGUUUCACAGUCGCCACUGCUGUAAGAGACACCUUUCCAAACCAGUGGAUUUCCAUGCAUCAGCUUUCAUUUUACAGCCCUUUACCGUACUUUACCGACUGUAUCACCCCCAUGCUAAACCCAGAAACCUGGGUUAAUAAGAGGAUUUGGGGGCCAUCCUUGUACAUUAUGCCGUGUGUGUUAUGUGCAAGUGUACACUUAAAUAGAUAUACAUGUAUGUGUUGCGUCAUUGACGGUGUAUUACAUAGACUCAGCUGUGCAGCGUUUUAAAAGGAUUAAUGCUUUAGCUCUGGGUUUUUAAGUGAGCAACAGUGAAUUCAUCAGCCUAAUGUAACUUUGCCACAAAUCCGUCCCUCAAUAAUGGAUACUUAAGCCAAGUCAAGUGGGAUUUAUUUGCAAUAAACCACAUCACCAGUGGAGCUGCUCUGAUUAUCUCACCCCUUUUAAUAAAAUGCACAAUUAAAAGAGGCUCUUAAAGCAGCACCCGGAAAUGCCCAUACACGGUACUGUAUGGGAAUGAAGGGCUGUUUUUGUUCUAUAUUUCGCAAUCUUUAGUUUUGUGAAUGUUAUAAAGUAUCACAAAACAUAUUCAGAUGAAUAAUUACAAAUGAUUAACAAUGCAUCUACUUUGCCUACUUUAUCAUCUAUUAUAUUCCCAAAUCUUAGUUUAGGACGAGGCAGGCCUAAAGGAAUAUAAUAUGCUACUUUUGUUUUAAUGCAACAAAGUGCAUUUUAAUAAGAACAACUUUGUACACAACUCAAUCCACAUAAAGAUUAUUUUUGUAUGCUAUGUGCUUGGAGUCUGUAGCAACUACUUCCUUGAAGCAUCUGUUUUGAGCUGAGCAGGUGCUGCCACAGCCCACAGUGAUGUUCCUCUAGCCGCUCAGGUGCUGACUGCAACUAAGAGAAGAGCUCUGUUCUAGAGUUCUUCUGAGGACAAUGUUUGACCCAUUUUCAACAUGAUACGUAAAUCAUUGUGAGAAAUUGAGGCAUAAGUACGCCCAAGUAUAGGUUUCACUCCGAUCCCUAACCCAGAAAAAAAUGAAUCAUAGUAUUUUGAAUUAAAAAAUAUGUGCAUUUAUGUUGCCAUCAAACUGGCUUUUCCCUUCAGCCAACCAAUUCAUUCACAAGUUGCGCUACUAGAAGUUUAAAUGUAUUUAUUUGAGUUUUGCCUUACAAAACAGACAAAGGCGUACAUGAAAAUGUUGCCCUGAAACAUUUACUACUGUCAUACAUUAUAUAUCUGUGCUCAAGUAAAGGAUACACAAAGAGGAUUGCACAUAAACUUUGGAAAAAACAUAAAUUGCUUACUACAUGGUAAGCAAGAUAUGAAAGCAAGAACUUUUAAAAAUAAACAUUGCAAUCUAAUUUGGAGUUGAGGUAAAUUAUACACAUUCAUCACAUUAGCUUGUCAUUUAUCAUGCUUACGGCAUUAAUAUAUAUAUUAGAUAUUACCGUAAUUAAUAUAUAUAUAUAUAUAUAUUAGUACAGACACUAAUAUUGUUUCUCUUUCUAUUGACAAAUUGUAAGUUGCUUUGGAUAAAAGUGUCUGCUAAAUGUAAAUGUAAUAUGUUCUCAAAUCCAAUUUUAAAAAGGCAGAGGUUUUUAAAUUUUUACCAUUGAAUCACAAUUUGUAUUGACAUAUAUGAUGAAUGUGUACCUACUUCAACCCUGUGUACUUAAUGUAUAUUAUGUAAAACCCUUGAUUUAAACUUUGUAUCGUUCUUGGUUAUAUAAUAAUACAAACUUUCAUUAACAAAAUAGUUUGAAGUAAAUAUUUCAGCAGUAAUUUUUUUAAACGGUUGAAAAAUGUGCUUAGUUCAAUAGUUUCUUCUGCCAUAGCACACAAACAAUUACAAAUACAUAAAUACAUUCAAUUGAUAAAUAGGCUUCAUAAAGUGUGUUUUAUACCUAUGGCGAGCUAGUAUGUGCAUCCAUAAAGGAGCUUUCUCUUCCCCAUUUCAUUAGUUGGUAUGUAUAUAAGGGUGUAAUAUUUUGGUUGAAAUACAAUGUUAUCCAAAACAUUUGUAACAUUUACAUUUUUUCACAAUAUUAUUUAACCAUGGAAAAAAGUUGAAUGGGUUUAGCAAAGGAAGUCGGUGCAUUUUGAACCUACAUUUUUCCCAAAAGUUAAAUAAGUCUUCCACACGGUAACAAGUGCCAGAACAGAAACAUUACAUUCAUUCUGCAAGUGGACCCAGAGAUAUCUCGUUUCUAUAGGAAAUGUGUCAGUGCAUGAGGCUUUUCUUUGAACCAGACGAUUGAUCAACUGGCUCUGAGACUUCUGAGAGUCUUGAGUUCACCAUCGUUGUCAACCUCACCAAUGAACAGAAACCACAUAAGGCAUUGUGGAAAAAUAUACAACAAUUGUUUCAGUUUUAGCACACACUCCAUACGAUCAUCAUGUGUAAGGUCUCUAUCCUUUAGUUUUACUUUUGUACAAAUGUCAUGCUGUCAACUCUCUCGGCCAACUAUGAUUUGGUAUUUGCACAAAGACGUCAAACGGAGUAUUCCCUGGUUGUGAUGAAUGUCACCUUAAAUAACGAAUCAACAAUCAAUAGUGAAGAGGUAAAUUACACUAGAAGCCUAUUGAAUUUGUGAUAAAUCUCUAUCAAUAAAUGUGUAGCGGCAUAAGCUAGUAUCUUACAUUCAACCGAAAGCUCUACUUACAUCAUUCAAAUGGUAAAUAAUGUUGAAUGAACACUGAAAUAAAAGGUGUAUCUUAAUAAGCACGAAAUGCAGUGAGGCGCUUUUGCAAUGAAGCUCCUUUCAAGCCAACGAGUGGCAGAUCACCCCCAAGACUAUGCCCGCCUCCCUGGUCGUUUGAACACAGCCGUUUUUAAAGGAAGGGUACUGAUGACACAGCAGAGCACCGUGUGCACAAGCACACUUCCUGUUGAUACUGAGUGCCUCUCGAUGGUCGUGUGGCCAAUGAU